AAGGAGAUUGACAAGUCCAAUUUGACAAUAUGGAUACAAUGCGAAAUCCCGACCCAGAAACCGACCCGUUUGUGGCGAAACAUUCGACCCCAUGGCCUGAAGUCCGCACCGCAACACCGCCUCCCUUAACAAAACGACUCAGAAUUUUUCGCGUUGAAGACUGAAGUGAACUCAGGCGAAGCUGAAAAAGAGCAAAAGCAAUUUCAUAGCUUUCAUAAUAAUCAUGGCUUCUGAUGAUCCCAAAGCCAUAGAAGCAGAGCCUCCAUCUUUGUCUUGGAAGGAGCGCAUCGUCUUUCCCACUCUCCUCGCUGGGAUUGUUGGUGGAGGAGCUGGUUUGGUCUCCAAGCAUCGAAAAGUUGUGGGUCUUCCAACCAGUUGUGCAAGUUAUGCUGCUAAUUUCGCCAUUGUCACUGCUUGUUAUUGCGGGGCCCGUGAAUAUGUGAGUGUAACUCGAAAAACUGGACCGGAUGAUCUGGUAAACUCUGCAAUUGCCGGCUUUGGUACUGGUGCUAUUCUUGGGCGUCUUCAGGGUGGUCGAAUUGGUGCCGUCCGCUACUCAAUCAUCUUUUCUGUUGUUGGGACAACAGUGGAUUAUGCUACAAUUAAACUAAGACCUGUCUUAAAGAGCUACAAAGAAUCUAUGCUUGGGAAUAAUGACGGUAAGAAUGCUGGUUGGCUGAAAAUGCCUGACUGGUCUCCUAUCAAAGUACUCGAUGAGGAAGCCCUUGCUGCAAAGCAGGCUCGUGAAAAACAGAUGUAUGCACAGAGGGCAGCACUUGGUAACCUUAGCAAAGAAGAGUCCUGAAAUUUUGUUAAAUGUAUGUCGAAUUCUUAUAUAUGUCAAUAAUAAUUUUUCUGGGGCAUGCUUGUUCGCAUUUUUAGUUUUAAUUGCCUUUCUGUUUCACUGUUAGUCACCCGUUUUAGGGAUGAAUUUGCAGUUUCUACUCGCAUGUACUGGUGAGGUCUUUUUAAAUGUCAAAAAGUCAGAUAGAAAUA